AACACACACAUAGCAAUACAACCUUAUUAUUAUAUAUCAAAAGAGAUCAAUUAUAAGAGGUUGAUUUCGAAUAAUUGUACUAAAUAAACACAAACUUAGUGGUAUUGUCCUGAAUAGUCACAAUGGCCACAACACCUACGCCACCAUUUAAGGUGACCUCAAUCUUUGAGUACAAAUCGGACUAUGAUGAUGAUUUAUCGUUCCCAGUUGGAGUUGAGAUUACUGUUAUUGAGAUCGAGGAUGAUGAGUGGUAUUCUGGGAGCUAUGGGGGUAAAACAGGGAUGUUCCCCAAGAACUUUGUGACUUUAAUUGAGUCAUCAGAGACUAAGGAGGCGGAUCAUGUGGCGGAGUCACCGGCAACCCCUAAGGUUGAGCCAGUAAAGACUUUAGACCCAGAGGAAAACUUAAAGUCUUUAGAAGAAUCUCCCAAUGAACCAGUCAAUGAUUCAUUCAAGGAAUCACCUUCAAAGUCUCCAGUGGUGUCUACCAGCUCGAGUUCUACUGCCAAUCCAAUUUCUUCUCCUUCGAAGGCUACUGUAAAUCAAGCACUUCCCCGUGUACCUACUGGUGGUGGAUUGUUUCCUAACCAAAAGAUCCAUGAUCCUUAUUCUGUCAAGAAACAAUUCGUUGCCGCUCCAAAGUCUUCGUAUGUUCCUCAGAUAAAUCCUCGGGAUGAUUCUAAAGUGAUCCACAACUUUCAUAAUGAUUCCAAAUCACAUCCACCUCCGGUGAAUUCCAUAGUGAAUGAAAGCACUGCUGUAGAGGAAGAACCAGCUACUCCUCAGUUGUCCUUGAAGGAACGUAUUGCUCUUAUACAGAAACAACAACAAGAAGAAGCUGAGCGUGAAGCUGCAGCCAUCAAGAAGCAACAAGAGAGGAAAUUGAGAGAAAAGGAAAAGGCUGAAGAAAAGAAAAAGUUGGCUGAAGAAAAGAAAUUACAUGCAGAAGAGCAUAAGGAGGGAAUUGAACCCUCUGAUAUUUUGGACAGUUAUGCAGUAGAAGAGCAACCUGAAGGACACGCUCAUGAACAUGUUCUGCGAUUGGAUGAAGGGCAUGUUGAAUUGGCUGAACUGGAAGGGGCCACCAUUGAGCCAACUCUUGCGAACCUUAAAAAGUCUAUCGGCGAGUCCGAAGCUGCUGAGCAAGUACAUGUCCAUGGUGUAGAAGAAGAAGAAGAAGCAGAAGAAGAGGAAGAAGUUGGUGAAGAAGCCGGUGAUGAAGAAGGCUCAGAUGACGAAGAAUUAAGAAGAAAGAAACUUGUUGAGCGUAUGGCCAAGAUCUCUGGUGGUAGAAAUAUGUUUGGAAUGAUGGGUGGCAUGCUGCCAUUCGGACAAGCACCACCACCAAAGAAGGAGGUUCCAAAAAGGGAGAAGCCAAUUGAAACCCAAGUUUCCUCGGGUCCAACUUCCCCAGUUGCUCCUAUUGUGCAAAUCCCGGUUGUUCCGACUGAUCCAAGAGACUCCCGAGCUGCAGAAACCUCUUCGAUGGGUGAGGAAGAUGACUUCACAGAGUCAGAUACCAAAUUCGUAGAUGCUGGCGCAGUUCCAGUUCUUCCAGAAGUGGACCGUUCAACUGCGUUGAAGUCUUCCACUGACUCUUUGAAUGAAGAAGACUUGACUUCUGAGGAGGCGUCCGUUACCGAUAUUACUCCUCCUUCAAGUAAAAUUACUGAUCAAGUUGAUAUCGAUGGUACUGGGUAUGAUGCUGAUGAAGACUUAUCUGAUAAACCAAAAUCUGAUGCACCAGUAAGAAGAGAAUCUACAAGAAGCGUUCACUCAAAGAUUUCUGCUACAGAUAUUGAAGGUUCUAACAUCUCGUCAGCGGUUCCACCUAUUCCAUCUGGAAGACCACCGGUACCAGCACCUGCUCCAUUGGAUUCUCCAACUGUUCCUUCAGUACCGCCUCCAGCUACUCCAUCGACAGCUCCACCAGUAGCCGCACCACCAGUGCCAACCUCGGCUCCACCUAUUCCAACUGGGAGACCCCCAGUCCAAGAAUCAACUCCCUCAGUUCCACCCCCAAUGCCUCCAAUUCCAACAGGAAGACCACCGGUCUCCAUACAGCACACCGAGACUGAAGUUGUUACGCCUCCAAUUCCAAGAGAAUUGCCUAUUGCUUCUUCUACUCCUGGUGGACCUCCACCAGUUCCUUCAACGGCACCACCUUCAACUCUCCCACCACCACCACCUCCUCCCGUAAGUGAACCAACGUCAGAUGAGCACCUCUACGAUGAUGCCAAUGCAUCUUUUAUUGCUGAGGAUUCUGUCUCUGACUUUCAACAACCAAUUCGUGCAUCGACUACCCCAGGGCUUUUACCACCAUCUAUUCCUGAACAUGCACCACCACCUCCAUCGGACCUCCCACCUCCAAUGACAUCUCCUCAAAGGGCAGCUACCUCUGAUGUUGGGUUGAGUAGAAAUACCACUGGUUCCUCGAUAACUUCACUCAGAAGAAGCUCUACAGAUGCUGGAGCCACUCCUCUAAGAAGAACAUCUACUGAUUUGUCUAGAUCAGGGGAGGCUCAACUGCAAGCUCGCCAAUCUCUUCUUUCACUCGACCCAGAGAUGUUGCAUUCAACAAACUGGUGGCUUAAGGGAGACUUACCAGAAUCCUUAACGGGAAAAAUUGGUACCGACCUUGUAUAUGAAGUUGAAACAAAUACCAUCAAGAAGCGUGGAGGUAGAUCUGUUAUUUAUAGAGAUUAUUAUAUUCUCUUCCAUGAUCUUUCUCAAAUAGUAUUUGAAAUUGAAUAUGACUCUGAAGAUCCUCAGUCUACAGUGAAAUGGGAAUACCUGGCUAAGCCAGCUCCUACUGUUCGUAAGGAUUUAUUGGAUAAGUACUACCGUGAGUAUGGUUCUAAGAUUUUUGCAACUGCAAGCACGCUUCAAAGAGUUUCAUCGCCAUCUGAUGGGAUUGUUGUUUCAAUUCUUAACUCUCUCAAGGGUGCCCUCCUGGCUGUUGGCAACAAAUCUUUCGGUGUCACCGUUUACCGCAACACAAACAACCAUAACGUUGCGCGUAUUGAUGAUAUCAGACCAGGUGAUAUUUUGUGUAUCAAGCUGGGACAAUUCAUUCACAAAGGUGGUCCAUUUGGAAGUAACAAGACUGUACAUGUUGGGGAAGAUGAUCAUAUAUAUUCUGCAAUUAUUUCUGAAUUUGAUUUGAAGAAGGAAAAAUUCAGAGUCAUUGCUCUGGAUUCCAAUGGUAAUGUGCACAGGGAGAGUUAUAAAUUGGCUGAUAUGAAGAGUGGACGUCUUAGAGUAUUUAGAGUGGUAGGGCGUGGUUACAUUGGAUGGUAGAUAUUGAAUAAUAUAUAAG